CUUCCUGGGGCCGCCCGUGAGGAUGUGGUGCGCGCACCCGGGCGCCCCUCUGCCCGGGAGUUGUGGCGACGGCGGCUGCGGUGGGGGACCUCGUAGCUGCGCUGCCUAAGCGGCCGCGGUCAACACCCAACCGGCCUCGGUCCCCCAGGUGCGGCCAGGCAGCGUCCGCGGCAGACUUUACCAUGUGGGCAUCCUGCUGCAACUGGUUCUGCUUGGAUGGACAGCCUGAAGAGGCCCCACCACCACAGGGAGCCAGGGCCCAAGCCUAUUCCAACCCUGGAUACAGCUCCUUCCCCUCCCCCACGGGCUCGGAACCAAGCUGCAAAUCCUGUGGGGUCCACUUCGCAAGCACAACCCGAAAGCAGCAGACCUGCUUGGACUGUAAGAAAAAUUUCUGCCUGACUUGUUCAAGCCAGGAGGGGAAUGGGCCACGCCUCUGCCUCCUCUGCCUACGGUUCCGAGCCACGGCCUUUCAGCGGGAGGAACUCAUGAAGAUGAAGGUGAAGGACCUGAGGGACUAUCUCAGCCUCCAUGACAUCUCUACUGAAAUGUGCCGGGAGAAAGAAGAGCUGGUGUUUUUGGUGCUUGGCCAGCAGCCUGUGAUCUCUGAGGCGAACAGGACUCAUGCUCCCACGCUGACCCAGGACUUCCCUGAGCAGCAGGCCUUCCUGACCCAGCCUCACGCCAGCACAGUGCCUCCUACCUCACCUGGCCUCCCUUCUUCGCCUGCACAAGCCACCUCUGUUCCCCUAGCUCCAGCUCAGGAAAACCAGGCCACUGGCCAUGUGUCUCAGGACCACGAGGAGCCCAUCUUCCUGGAGAGCACAGCCAGAGUACCUACCGAGGAUGAGACCCAGUCCAUUGGCUCAGAGGACAGCUUCGUCCCAGGCCGGAGGGCCUCACUGUCUGACCUGACCCACCUGGAGGAUAUUGAAAGCCUGACAGUGCGACAGCUGAAGGAGAUUCUGGCUCGCAACUUUGUCAACUAUAAGGGCUGCUGUGAGAAGUGGGAACUGAUGGAGAGGGUAACUCGACUGUACAAGGAUCAGAAAGGACUCCAGCACCUGGUGUCUGGUGAUGACGACCAAAACGGGGGAGCAGUGCCUUCUAGCCUGGAGGAGAACCUGUGUAAGAUUUGCAUGGACUCACCCAUUGACUGCGUUCUGUUGGAGUGUGGCCACAUGGUGACCUGUACCAAGUGUGGCAAACGCAUGAACGAAUGUCCUAUCUGCCGGCAGUACGUCAUCCGAGCAGUGCACGUCUUCCGGUCCUGAGGGCUAUCAUUGGUUUCUUCAGUGCCUUAUGGGACAUAGCCCACAGUGUCUGGGCUCAGGGUUGGUCCGAUGCACAAAGGCAGUUUAUUGAGAAACUGGCAGUGUUCUUAAGACCAAGACAAGCAGAGGUGCCUGGCAUACCUGUCUUGCCAUGGAGUGUACCUCUUAGGUGGCAGAGCCCAAAGCCAGUAGGAACUGAUUCAGAUCACAUGGGUGAAUGCCUGCUUCUCUGAUCAUUGUGUGGUGAUGGUAAUCAAUGAAGAGGACUUUCCAGAACUUGGACCAUGUCUUCCUCCCUUCCCGAGAACCUAAGACACAUUUCACACAUCCCAUACACCACUCCUCCUGCCUCAUCAAUCACAAGUACUGCUGGAAAUGGUUCCUUUCCCCACCCAGCACAUCUGGAUUUAAAUUUCUGAUUUCUGUGUUUUAAGUCCACUACAUUGCCUAAAAUCCAUUUGUUUCUAUGGACCAAAAAAUACAUUAACCAGACCAAUAGUAUUUCCUAGGUCAGAAUUUGGAUCAGAGUGAUUUCUGGUGAGAAAUUAAGCCUAAAUACUAUAGAAAAGUUUCUAGGUUGAGUCACUUGUAUUAGUGUUGGGGUUGGAAAUGAUCAGUCCCCUGACCUGGCUGACCCCAAACUGCUGGGAAAUCCCUAAGAGCUGGUGGUGUGUGGGUCAUCUCUGCUGCUUCUCUUUGGGUUUGACUGCACCAUCUUUAACCUUGGCUUGCGAGGAAAAAGAAAUAGAGGCCAUGGGUGUUUGCUUUGGCUUCUAAUCCUCACUUCAGCCGGUGGAAACCAUUCUAAUAGUUUCCUCUUCUUUGGUUUUACAUUUGCUUAUGAAAGCCUAGGAACUUAGGCCAAGAACCCUGCUCUUCUUUCACCUCACUGCUCAUGAAGUUCCUGGGGAGCAGACACACAGGACAGUGUAUGAGGCACUGGAAGGUGCUGAAUUAGGCUGGACUAUGCCCAUGGUUGCUUCUCAGCCUUUUGGGCAGGUCAGCACAAAGCAUUCUCUAAAUCAUGAUUUGAGCCUCAAGGGGUCUUUACAUCACUGACAUAGCUUGAAAGGUUUGAGUGGUGUUUGCUGGAACAGCUCAACAGGCACAGAAGGAGCUAUGUGUUCCUAUGGAGGAUGUACCCGCUACACCCUCCUGGAUAAAACCACUACCCUUCACUAUGCAGCUAAGUGAGACUGGAAGAACCAGUCAUGACCCUGGAAAGCAGAGGGGCACCUCUAAGGGGGCUAUUAGAAAUACUUAUGCUUUCUUUCCAUCAUUAACCUCUAAAUUCUUUCAGGGGAUCAAAUAGUUCCAUGAAGUAGUUGUCGGAGGCAGCCACUUUACCUCUGCAUUCUAAGUCCAGAUGGCCAGAUUUCAGGUCAAAGCCUUUGUAGGUGUCAGGAAUCAAGAGACUCCUCCACAAAUAUUCCUGUUCCCUCCCUAGUAAGUACUGUAGUUUCCAGUGUCUUCAGUUUAGCAUAGCCCACUGAUUUUGCUGCUCCUGAAUGCACUGUUAAACAGGUCUGAUUAUGCAGCUCAGUAAGACCUAACAAUCCUUCAGAGCUGGCUCCCUGUCUUACAACUGCUCUCCCUUCUGAGGCCUUACCUCCCUACCUCCUAGACAGCAACAGAAAUAAUAUACUGAUGGCCUGUUAGCAACCUGAGUAACAGAGCUGAGGUUACUUGUUUUGAAGAAAGAACUUAUUUUUAAAUCUUUUAUCUUUUGGGAAAAAAUCCAGAUGUCAAACAACUUUAUUGUUACACCAGAUGAAAGUUGGAAUUCUAAGUUAAUAUUCCAGUUAAUAUUCACCCCAGGUAGAAAACCUGAUUUUUUGUUUUGUUUUGUUUUAAGUGCUUGAGCCCCUUUCUGUUCAUCACAGAUCCUUGGUCUUAAUUAACAUGGAAACACUUAAUCCAACUAUUCUGUGGACUUCGCUGUGAUUGCACCAAUUUUUCAAUUGAGACUUAGUUUUAAAAGACAGACAGCUGA